UCCUUCAACUUUUCAGCUAAAAUGGAGGAGGAAACCGUGUACGAUGAAGUGAAGGUGCAAAGCCAGACAAACAAACCAACUGCUGACACAAACGUCUCAGCAGAAUUCUUGCCAGACAAGAAAGCAAACAACAGACAGCAGCUGACCUGUUGUGUGGGGAUCCUUUGUAUCAUUCUACUGUUGGGCAUCAUAGCAGUCGUCGUCUACUUUGCUACAUUAAGUCAUGAAAGUGAGCUGAUGGCUGCCAAUCAUAACCUGACAAACCUGAACAACAAACUCAGCUUAGACAAUGAAAAGUUGAGGAGGGACAACAACAAUCUGACAGUCCAGUUGGGCAACCUGACACAAAACUAUACUGUCUUAGAAAGUAAGAUCACAAACCUGACUGCAGACGUCCAGAACCUGAAUGUAGAGGUCCAGAACCUGACAACACGAAACCUGCAGCUGGAGACACAGAGGAAGAACUUAGCAGAACAAAUAGAAAACAUGAAGACAAACUGGAAUAAACUCAACGUCAGCCGAGCUCAGUGGAGCAUUGAUGCCUACUGCCCCAAAACAAAUAACGGGAGACAGUGUAAAGCUUGUCUGAUGAACUUUGAACUCAGCGGGUCUAACUGCUAUGUGUUUUAUAACGUUGCUCCUUCUGCUGAUCGGAAAACCUGGGAAGAAGCUCGACAAGUAUGCAGAGGAAAGAGUUCAGAUUUGGUUGUUGUACAUAGUCCAGAGGAAAAGGAUGCACUCAAUAAAUACAGCGUGGAUAGUUCAGGAACUAAUGGAUACUGGUUUGGCCUGAGAGCUGAAGGUGGGAGAUGGAAGUGGAUUGAUGGAAGUAAUCUGACUGUAAGCUACUGGACACCACAACCUCCUCCUACUGCUACUGAUGGUCAGUGUGUAAUGUCUGUCCAGAACGUAGGAUGGAGAUCAGUGAGCUGUACUGAGAAACAAAGAUGGAUCUGCGAAAAGAAGGCUUUAUCUGUUUAAACACUGCAGUCAGACUCUACAUGAUAAUAUCAACUGGCUUAUAAAUAUCAAACUAUUAAGACUUCUACUUCACAAUUUAAAUGAUUAGUUUUCAGAACUAAAAAUGUACAGCGGUUUUAUUUUUAUAGAAAAAGAGAAAAGAAAUAUUUGCAGUGAAUUAUUUUGUAAAGCUGUUUGUGCGUCUCGGAA